AUGGAAAGCAUUCAAAGAAAUGAAGACCAAAAUGAAGAUCAAAAUGAAGAGGAAAAUGAAGAUCAAAAUGAAGAUCAAAAUGAAUACACUCAACAUAAAGAAAACAAUAAAUUAAUCACCUUCGAACACAAUGACGUAGUCUUCUUCAAGCACAAGGAUAAGAAUAAAAUAGGAAUUGGAAGAGUAGUUAACUUUUACACAGAGCUCAAAAUUAAUGAUAUUCUUUUACCAUCCGAUCAUAACGUAACCCUAGCCAACUGCAUCAAAAUAUUGAACAAUAUAAAUGAUGAAAAGUAUGUUCAAAGCUACAUCGCAAAUUCAACCAGUGAAUAUGUAGACAGCACCCCAUACCAAGCUUCCACAUCCAACGCAAAUGAAAAAAUAAAUUGUAAGCCUUACGAAAAGGACGAAAAACAGGACUAUAAACAUGCCGAUUUGAAAGAAAAAAAUGAAGACAACGAAAUACAGGCCACUACAAGAACCGGAAGCAAUAACAACAACGCCAACAACCCUGAGUUCAAGUGCGAAAUGAAAAAAAGACGUAGAAGAAAAAAAAAACACGCAUUGGAUGAUACUGCCCUUAUACAUACUAACAGCAUAAGCAAUGGAAUAACGCGUAAAAAUGAUGAAAAAAGAAGAGUCAGUAAAUUAUUCUAUAUUGUCCAAUCAUUAGAAAAUUAUAAAUACAGUUUACAAUACAAAAAAUCCUUCAAGCAUUAUAAAAUAUUUACUCAUAACAAGUGGGAACUUAUCAAAUCUCUCUUCUGCAAAAACAUACAAAAUAAAAUCAGCUUCGUUCUCGCCGUGAAAUUAUUAGAAGUUAAGAAGGUAUAUGCAAACAAUAUAAAUUUACAAAAUGUUAUGAUAAAUAAUUUGAUGAAAAUUUAUAAAAGUGAAAGAGAUCUCCAUGUAGAUCAUCUUGUCCUAAAUUAUAUUAAAAAAGUAGACGUCAGAAUUAUAUUGCAAAAUAAUGUCCUCAUAACAAAUGAUGACUUUAAUGAAAUCUUCUCAAGGCACAGAAAGAAGAUAGAAGAGGACAGAAAACGGACAUUGCUCCACUCGAACAACGAUGAUGCCCAUCUGGAUGAAGCAAAUUCAAUCACCCAGGGUGAAAUGACACAUUUGUGGGAUUCCUACAGUGGAAGCUCCGGCAGCGUCACUGUUGGAAGCGACUAUGAUGACGACAUAAAGACACCCCAUCAGGGGGGUCAUGUGCAUGACCAACAGAAUGAUAUGCACAACUCCAGUAAUGUAAACUAUGUCGACAGGUUCCCUGUCGAUUGGGGGCACAAGGAGCCCCCUAACUUUGGGAAGAAGCACCCUCCCAAGUACGCGAUGAAGUAUCUCAUUCACUACGGCAAGAAGCAACCGACUGAUUCCCUCCUUUACAGCCACGACCGAGAAGGCACCCGCACAAUACACAAAAAGGACAACAUCAAUCUCCAAAAUUACAAAAAGAAGAGAAAAGUAAUAGAAGGAGAAACGUAUCAAUACGAAUUGAAAGGAAACCUAUUGGCUAAGUUUAAGUCCCCACAAGGGCGUGCAUACAGGGGAUGCAUUAAAAGCAUUUGCAAAGGUAAAAAUAACAUAUUUUCCUAUUUCUUAAUAGUCCCCUCCUGCUUCUGGUUCAACGAUUCUUACUACUUCUCCUGCUUAAACAUCGAUAUAGACAUUUUUCAACUUUUGGAAAUCAUCAAAAUUGUUGAUAACUCAAAAAAGAAACAAAUAGAAAGCAUAUCUUUCGCUAGGUACAAAAGUUUGGGGAAAAUUAACGACUGUGUGUAUAACCCUAAACCUAAUGAGGUCCAAACCUUGUUACAAAAGGGGCCGGAUACAGAUAAUACGCCCCUGAAAGUUCGAGUGCGUGCCCCAAAGAGGGACAUAACGAAAAAGAGGAGAAAAAGGCGCAAAAGUCGUACACUACAAGUGGAACUAGGCAAGAGAAAGAGAAAAAUACGUGGAGUAGACAAACGGUUAAAGGCUAGUGUUACCAAGGAGAAAACACGAGGGAGAGUUAAGAAAAGGAAAAAGCGACGGGAAGAAUGCCUAGAUGAUAAGGCUGGUAGAGGCUUUAAAAUUAAAAAGCAAAAAAAGCAGGUAGUGCAGCCAGAAGUUACUGAAAAAAAAAGUAGGGGCAGAAAGAAAAAAGUAGUACCAAUUCAAGAGAACAGCAAUGGGGAAGACGCGAAAAAAGCUAAGGGUAUGCGGAAGGUGGAAGAAGUCCAAAUAAAAAAGGAAAUGGAAGAGGAGUCAUGCCAAAAAAAGGUAGAGGUGAUACUCCACGAAAAUGAAACCAAAGCGCAGAACAACGAAACAGAAGCGAACCCCCUUUUCGAAGGGACACCCGAUCUUGAUGGUGAUGACACAACCAAUUUGAUGCAGAAUUCAUCCACAAAAAGUAACAUCUUCAACCUAAACAGCGAAAGAACAAAGUCGUACUUUACCAAAUUAGCACUUUUUUUUAAAAUUUCGCAGAACAGUAAUCAACAAACGAAGCAGGAUGAUGAAGAGGGUAAAAAGGGAACUGAAACCCAAACGAUUGAAGCCGACACUGCACGUGAAAAUAACUACGUCAACGACGAUAAUAAGGUGACAACAAGUAUAACGAACACGAAUGAGAACGAGCAAAAUGUAAACGUAAUGGCCAAGGUGAAUGAGGAGAAGGAAGACGUAAAUUUUAGAAAAGAAGAUCGAGAUGAUAAAGCUCCCAACGAAAAUACCAAUCAAGGAUGUGCAAAUAUGAAUGAAAUAAGACGAAACGAAGAUGAUGAAAUGAGAAACACAAAUAACACACUUAUUAGUAAAUUAAUUGCAAAUGGUAAAGAGGUAGAUUAUCACAACCUUCUGGAUCCCCCCUCUGUGGGUAAAGGAAGCGCAAACGACAUACACAUACAUGACAUGUGUCAACAAAAAAAUGUAGAUGAACAUGAAGCAACAAUACUCGAUCAUAUCGAACACUUGAAUGACAAUGAUGGUAACAUCCCUACUGCAGUUAUCGAAGAAGGAGUUGUACAGGAUAACCCUACACAAAUACAAGAAAAUGUGGAACCUUUUUAUCAGAAAAUGGACAAAACGGGCAUUACAAAUGAAGAAGAAAUUUUUAAAAAAGAAAAUUUUGGAGUACUUAAUGAAGAUGAUAGCGACGCAAAACGUACACAUUACAAAAAUGGUAUUCUGGGCGAUAAAACGGAUUCACUCAAUGGCGACAGUAGAAGCUAUCAGAACGAAUCCACGAUUAGCCAAAAUUCCUAUGAACGCAAGGGAACAACUAAUGAUUAUAAUGCUAGAGACCAGAAUGAUUCAUGGACUAGCCAAAAUUCCUACGAAAAAAAGGAAUCAGUAAACUGCGAUAAUUUAUGCGACAGGAACGAAUUCACGGCUAGCCCAAAGUACGACGAAAAGAUUCAACAGACGAUCGAACCAGUUACGUGUGAAGUGAAACAGCAGAUGUAUGGAGCACUUAUGAGUUUCUCAAACGAACAGAUGAACGGAACCAUAAUUAGUGACGAAAAACAUGUGGAUAACCCAUCGAACACACAUCUCAGAAAGGUGAGCAACACAAACAACCUUGUGAAAAAAGAGCCGGAAGAAAACAAUAAUUACAAUUUAACAGUACACAUGGAUCUCUCAAAUAAAAAUCACACGUCCAAAAUGUAUAGCACCACGCAGGACUACUACAAAAACUUCUGUAAGAACAAAUGUGCGGACCACAUAAAUAAAUUCCGAGACGAUGAAAAAAUUAAAAAAAUUGAAACAUUGUACAAAUUUUGCAAAGAGGACAUAAACAUUUUACUGUACGUUUACGUCAUGCAUAUAUAUGUGAACAAAUUAUGCAAAAACGUAAUUGUAAAAGUAUUAAAUCCAAAGUGUAAAAAUGUGAAAAAGACAAAAUAUUCUGAGAGCGACUUCAUUUUAACCCCCCUGAUAGGGUACUCGUAUGCGAAUUAUUACUACUUAAAAAUAAAUAAAAGGAAAGGAAGAACCAAAAUGAAAACGAAAACGGGAAAAAAAAAGGGGAAAAAAAAUAAAAUAAAAAUAAAAACGGAAAUAAAAACUGAAAAAAAAAUUGAUAGAAGAUUCAAACAAAUAAAGAACAAUUUGAUAACCAAGAAAGGGAAAAGGAAAAAAAAAAAAAAACUAGGACGAAAAAAAAAAUUAAUAGAACAAGUCAAGACAGAAGUUAAAAGGGGGAGGAAGAGGAAAAGAAGAAGAAAAAGAACUCACAAGAUGAAAAGUAACCUUUUAUGUGACACAUUCGUGAAGCCCAAAAUGUCCAAGUCUAGUUUGAACAAUAUUUCAAAAAUGAAAAACAUGGAUGAUAAAACGUAUGGAAAAACAAAAAAUGUAAUAAAAUGUACCACACAAUUUGUAAAUUUUUAUUUAUGGGGUAUAUACAAUUGGAACUACAACAAAACUCUGCGCAUUUCUUUUAAUAAUAUUUCGAAUAAAAAAAUAACAAACUUUGAUAUUUACAAUUUCUUUUUUUACAAUUAUGACACCAUCUCCAACUUAAAUGAAAUAAACAAAGACCUAAGCACAUUAAUAAGCAUUUACAAAAACAUAAGAACUGUUUUGUAUCAAAAUUCGUCCAUAUAUGGAAAUUUAUUGUUAUUAAAACCUACAAACACCAUGGCCAGGACGCAUUCGGAUGAUGAGCUAAUAAAAUUUUGGCUAAAAACACUAAACGAGCUGCAUCAAGUCAGGGAAGGCUUUUGCAAGUUUUUUUAA